UAUGGCGUCGAUUGGAUACGUUGUUACAUUUUUACUUUCAUGUUUACUGCACCAAUCUUUGUGCUAUCAGAGUUAUUUUCAAGAUAUUCCGACCAAUGUUCUACAACGACACAUCAAAUUUUCAAGGCAUCAGCCGUUCUGUGUGGUGUUCAGACAGGCAGAGGAAGGAUCUAAGUUGGAGAAAGUAAUGUAUGACCUUUGGCAAGCAAAAAACAAGGCUGGAAACUUCACCCAGUGGCAAGUUAACGCGUUCAAUCCGUACGUCUCAAAGAUGCCCCCAAACAACGAGCGUCCCGACUCUCUGCCGGCCAUGAGAUGCUACCUAGGAGAGACCUCGUCCUAUCAGUACCAGGGCAGGCACAAGAAAUCACUGGUCAAAGAAUGGCUUGGCAGACUGGCGAGCCUCUUUGCAGAGCAGAGUGCCGAGGUCAAUCAGGAAGCCAUUGAGAUCGCGCAGAGGUCACAUGACAUUCUCCUACUGGCAUUUCCGGACGGGCCCAGGCACCAUCAAGUGGAGGACAUGAUUUAUGGGAUUGCUAGGGAGCUGGACUCGUGCAAGGCCAUGGCGGUGCAUUUGAACUCCAAUGAAGUGGUAGCAUUGAGGCAUAAGUAUGCAGUCAACCGAUACCCUUCUGUGGUAGUGAUACAUAACAAAGUGAUAAACAGCUCCAUCCAUGAAACAUCUCAAGUCUUCACCGGUCAUGAGGUUGACCGCCACGUGAUUAAAGUGUACAUCGAGGCUAGAAGCAUUGGCGUACCUUACCUGAACUUUGAUGAAUUAGAAAGCAUGAUUACCAUCUCCAAGACUGGCGAAGAGAUGACACCGGUUCUGGUCUGUUUCUAUGCACAUUGGGGCAAGGACGUACACACGUACCUCCACGCGUACAACGAGACUGUCAAUUCAUACACGCAGGACGGCGUUCUGGUGAAAUUUGGUCUGGUGGAUUUAGUGAGAGAGUCCUCCAAGAAAAUUGCAACCCGAUAUCUGAAGUCUGGUGCCAUGAAGUACAUUCCAUUCCUGGUGCUGUUCCACACAGAUUCAACUGGUAAACUACAGGCUAUCCCACUCCAUGUGGGGCGCCCUUUCCCGUGGGUCAUGUAUGAACCUCUCUCAGAAUUGGGCAUAGGGGUGAUUGAAAGAGCUGGAAUCAGGAAGUACGCAGAGCCAUGGGGAACUCUGGGACCGGAUCAGUUCUGCAGCCUACAAGAGGGUCCCAACGGCACGUUGUGCACUGUCGGGAACCACAACGAGACUGACAACAUCCCGUAUAUAAGACCUGCUGUCAUGAAGCCUGUCCGAGUCAUUGAUAAGCCAGUGAUAAAGGAAGCCAUCAAGGAGAAGAAGUGGCAUGAUAUAUUUGACACUGACUCCCUUGAAAGGAAGUUAGAUGUGCAUGCUGGGAUACCUGUGGUCACCUUGGAUACCUGGGCAAACAUAGUGGAGAAAUCCCACGCUCCUCGGCACGUCUUCUAUCCCGCCGGGAAAUGGGCUGGAGAGGUGGCUAAGGUGUCUUUGGUUGUGUUUAUAAUGUCAGACUGUGGGAACUGCAGACGGAACAACCAAACUUUCAAGGAUAUCCACACGGCUAUCUCACAUAUUGAUGGUGGGGCCAUGUAUUAUGUGAAUUGCACCGAAGAGCGCACGCUAUGCAGCAAGCAACAUGUCAGAGGUUUUCCAACCAUCGCUGCAUACCGCGGCCUAGGUUGGCUGGAAACCAAGUCAUGCAUGACGGAGAAAAGCCGAGCUAAGUUCAGCAAGUCUGUACGAGUGGAUUACCAUGGUGUGAUAAGGACUGGGGCUGUGUUGGACUGGUUUUCAAGAAUUGCAGACAAUGCUGUAACUAAUCUACAGUCUGGAGGACAGCCUCCUACAUUCAAAGAGAAAGACAUCCAGUUGAUCGCCAUGGUAACUGCUAGCACCACUCCAGUUGCUAGGGUGAUGGGCUACGAAUGUCUGCGGCUGAUGUGUGAACGUCUGUUUAGCAUCAUAGACUGCUUCAGUUUCAGCUUCAGUGAUGAAGGUGUAUUAGGGGAGGAGGCUUCACACAUGUCAGUGACAAGGGUAGAGAUGAAGCGUAGGGAUGGUGUACAUGUUGUUCUGAUGGAGCAGGGCAGGAGUUUGGCAGACACACUGGAAAACACUGAGAACAAUGACUUGCAUCGCUUCCACGUCUCCCAUAGUUACAAGCUUAACGAGACCCAGCUGUGUGAAGAUGACAUUGGGGUUUGCACCGAUGUGAUCACAGAAUUCAUCCUGGAUCACAGUCGUCUGCCCAUCACGCAGCUUACAUCUGACACCUUCCAUACAUCCACCAGUUUCUUCAAAGAUGACAAGCUGCCAAUUUUGAUUGCUUUGGGAUACAAAGAGAACAUAACCGAUUCUGCUGUGUUUAGAAAGAAUUUGGAGGAAGUUGCCUAUGAAAUGUACAGCCAGAUUGUUGUUAUGACUCUGGACGUCUCGAAAUACUCAGUCUGGGCUACCCAGUUUGUUCCACACCUGUAUGGACACACGCGAGUUUUCAAGAAUGAAGAUGUGGAAACGAACCCUGACCCGUUAUCGAUGUACGUUUAUCCCCGUCUUGUGAUAGUCAAGAAAGAGGACCAUAACCACGCAGCCAUGUUUCCACCCUUGACAAGGCCUCGAGAGAAGAAUGAAGAGUUUUCAAGGGAAACAAUGCUUAAUUUUGUCCAGUCUUAUAUUCAAAAUCCUAAAGAACUUAUCAUCCAAACUGAACAUUUUUAACAUGUUGCCUUUGAUACAAAUAUGUUACCAUUGACCAACAGCAAUUUGUAAAGCCCGGAUGCGCGACUGCAUAACAAACGAAAAGUAUUUUAGAUAUUACAGAAAGAGGCAAUCUGUAUACAAAUGAAAUUAAAUAAUCAAACAUAUUGUUUUGUUUUACUGUAAGGAAGUGAGUUGACAACUGUCAAAACAAUUAAUUGAUGUUAUUGUAAACUACGCAAACAUUAAACUGACAGUUCUAUUUUCAUGUUUAUUUCUGGAUGUUUCAAUGAUAUGGCAAGUGAGCAAAAUAUUUACAAACCGUUUGCUUUUGUUCAUAUAAAUGUUUCAAUCAGAAAUGAGUCUGAAUCUCUUGCAUGAUCUAAUUUGUCUAGAAAGAUAUAUAUAUUGUGUUAGUAAAAAACUUUUUUGUUGUUGUUGCUGUCUAAUUUAUUAGUUCUUUGAUUAUUUGAUGUAAUUAAUAUUUUGUACAAUAUUACAAAUUAACCAUGAAUUUGUUAAUAUUCUUUUAUUGUUAAACCGGUACUCCAAAUCAAACAUUUAACCUAUAUUCAUUUUGGAGAUUUGUCCUUGUUACAGUUAUUGUAUUUAUGAAGGAAAUGAUGCUAUUUGGAAUAAAUAAUUUAUCACAUUCUCAUAUGUGUGGUUUUAAGAGUAUACUUGCAAUUGUUAGUCGAUCGUUGUCCCUUGUCCUUUUUGUUUCGUGCAUUGAUUGUUGUCAACAUUUGUCAUAUGAACACUACGGAGGCCUUAUUUACUGCCCAGUUUUGAUCAAACUUGGCCCGAAUAUUUGUCCGAAUUGGAAACUCAUCUGAUUUUUAAGUGGAGUUCAAAAUCUAGGUGCCAAUGAUAACAAAGAGAAAUUUGAAACUUUUAUACAUGAAAUAAAAAAAAGGAUGUC